AUGCACAUACCUAAGUUCGAGAUCCUGGCCGCCGGCCUGGGACUCAUAUCACCCGUCGUUCACGCAGUAACACAGGCCUCACCACAGUACAACUUUAUCUACGGCGCCUGCGGCAAGAUCACGAACUUCGCUUCAGUCUUUCCCUUUGUCACCUCUUACGAACAAGGCGAUGUCAUCGGCUGCCAGAGCGAUUGCAGCUCCUACGGCUCUGCGUUCUCUGCUACAGGAAACGACGGAGGUCAGCAGUGCUGGUGUUCGGAUCCUAACACCCCGAACAGCUCACCGAGUCCUCUUCUCGCAUCGGUGCCAAACCCCAACGCCGCUCUUUGCAACGUUGCUUGCGUCAACAACAAUACAUACGCUUGUGGAGGAACUUAUGGGAGCGAUGUCAUCUAUAAUGUCUAUGGGAACCACAACGACCACAACGACCAGCAGCAGCUCCACAAGGUCUACGACUAG